CCAGCACCCUCCCCACACCUGGGCUCCCCCCAGCUCUGCGUGGAUUGCAACAAAUGGCAUUAUUUUUAAAAGCAGCCUCUUAUCCUGCUCCCACUCGGCGCUUCUGAGACUGUAGAAUUGCAUCCUCCAGCCCGGACUGCCGGGGGGGGGGGUGUCUUGGGUGUCCAGAGCCCUGGAAGCUGCAACUCUCGCCUGCCGCGGAGCAACGUGAGGCGCUACUGACUGGGUGCUCUGUGCUUUCUGUUUUUGCUCGGCGAGCUUUGACUCACCCAGACGCUUCGAAACACCUGCAGUUCUGGCUCUGGCUUCCAUGGACGACAGCCGGGAGAGAGUAAAGACUGUUCUGUGAAAUCCUGACAUCCCGUCCAAGGGAGGGAGUUGUGCGUGUGUUUGUUUUAAAGACCCUUCAUCCACCAGCAAUAACCCCCCCUCCCGCCAGCCAACUCCACCCUCCUUAAAAAUCUCUCCCCAUUUUGCUGUCGCUCCACAGACACGUAUUUCUUUAAAAAGCUUGUGAAAAUGCACCGAAGCUGCUGGCUGCUGCAGCCUCAUGAUUUUCCCUCCCAGUUUCUGAGAGCAUUUUUUUAAAAAUAAAAGGAUUCGAAAAUAUUUUUUUUAGCCAAGCUGUGUGAGCUCUACUCGGUGAAGAGGACAAAAGUGGCAUUUGCGGUGGGGAGGAGAUGGAGGCGCGAGGAAGAAAAGAGGGGCGAUUGAAGGCGCUGCCUCGUGAAUGCAAAGGCUGUUUUCCCUUUUAGGGAGAGACUUCGUGUGUGCGCGUCUCUCUCUCUCUCUCUCUCACACACACACACACACACGCACACAGCGCCCACCUCUCGCUCCCCCCUUCCCCCUUCCCUUCUAUGCGCCCAGCCAUGAGUUGCCUGUUGAUUUCCUCUUGACGGCCAAGACAGAGAGCGAGGCAGGCAAACUGAAAUUAAACUGCAGCGAGGAAAGUGCAGAGCUCUCGCAGACACGCACAGAGGCAGCAGCGAGAGGCGGGCGGGCGGGCGGGCAAGGGGCUCGUCGCGGUGGCGGCGGCGGCGCCACGAGCAGCGGCGGCGGCUCCUCCCGAUCUCCCAGGCGCAGCAACCCCCGGCGUGCCUCUGACGGGGCCGGCGGCUGAUUUUUUCUUUUUUUAACUGACCCCCCCUCCCCGUCUCGUUUUGCCGAGAGACCCACUGCAAAUCCGGAGGAGGAGCGGCUCUGGCGGGCUCUGAAUCAUCUCUCUCCCCCCCUUCCUCCCGGAGGAGGAUCUGGUGUGUAGGACUUACAAACCUGCAGAGACCCGGCUCUAUCGGGGGGCUUUUGGACACCGCGCUUUGCCUCCCCUCCGACUGAGAACAUUAUUUCUGGCGCCGCAGGAGGCGGCCAAGCGGGCGGCGGGUCCAGCCUGAGAGAUGCGGCGCUCGGCAGCGGCGCAGCCGGCGAGAUUUCAUCGGCGACUGCAGCAAGAGGCUCGCUGAGGAAACCCGGCAGCCGGAGCCGUCAGGCGUCGCUUCCCCGCCGCCCCCCCCCCCCCCGCAAGUCUUGGCCGAGCGACUGCGGCCCCCUCCCCGCCCGGCGGCUGCUCGCCCCUCCCUGGCCGCGCUGGCGGGGCUGCGCUUCUGGGCCAGGCGCCUUGGAGCGAGGAAGCGCUUCCGUGAGAACACGCGCGCACUCUCGCCCUCAAGUCCCCGCAUUUGAGGAGAUUUCUGCUUCGGGUCCAGAAAAGAAGCUGCGUGGUUCUGAAUUAUUCUCUCCGCCCCGCUCGCGCCCCGCACCCCGAAGUUGGACGCAGCAAGGGGGACCCGCCCGCCCGCCCGCCCGCGCGCUGCCUCCAUGGUGGGGCUGGCGGGUCUGCGCGGAUCUUGGCGAGCAACAGGUCCUGGAACUUGAGCGAGGCGGCGGCGGCGAGCCGGGGCGCAGCGAGGCGGCGGGCGCGACUCCCGGCCGCGGGGAGCGACGGCAGAGCGGGCGGCCUCGUCAGGGGGCUUGGUGGGCGCGCCCGGGGAUGUGGCCCCUUUCGGCCUGCUCCUUGCUGCUGUGCUGGGCUCUGCCUGCCCUGACGCUCAAGAACCUGAACUACUCGGUGCCCGAGGAGCAGGGCGCCGGCACGGUGAUCGGCAACAUCGGCCGCGAUGCCCGGCUGCAGCCCGGCGCGGGCGGCGGGUUGCCGUCCCUGGAGCGCGCCCGCGGCGCCAAGUCCACCUUCCGCGUGCUGGAGAACUCGGCGCCGCACCUGCUGGACGUGGACGGCGAGAGCGGCUUGCUGUACACCAAGCAGCGCCUGGACCGCGAGGCGCUGUGCCGGCGGAGCGCCAAGUGUCAGCUGUCGCUCGAGGUUUUCGCCAACGACCAGGAGAUCUGCAUGAUCAAGGUGGAGAUCCAGGACCUGAACGACAACGCGCCCGCCUUCCCGUCGGACCAGGUGGACCUGGACAUCUCCGAGAACGCGGCGCCGGGCACCCGCUUCCCGCUGGCCAGCGCCCACGACCCGGACGCCGGCGAGAACGGGCUGCGCACCUACGUGCUCACCCGCGACGACUACGGCCUCUUCUCGCUCGACGUCAAGGCCCGCGGCGACGGCACCAAGUUCCCCGAGCUGGUGGUGCAGAAGCCGCUCGACCGCGAGGAGCAGAGCCACCACACGCUCGUGCUGACGGCGCUCGACGGCGGCGACCCUCCGCGCUCGGGCACCGUGCAGCUCAACGUGCGCCUCAUCGACUCCAACGACAACAGCCCCGUCUUCGAGGCCGCCUCCUACGUGGUGGAGCUGCCCGAAAACGCGCCGCUGGGCACGGCCGUCAUCGACCUCAACGCCACCGACGCCGACGAGGGCACCAACGGCGAGGUGCUCUACUCGUUCAGCGGCUACGCGCCCGAGCGGGUCCGCGAGCUCUUCAGCAUCGACCCGCAGACGGGCCUGAUCCGCGUCAAGGGCAACCUGGACUACGAGGAGGGCGGCCUCGUUGAGAUCGACGUGCAGGCGCGCGACCUGGGGCCCAACCCCAUCCCGGCCCACUGCAAAGUCACCGUGCGCCUCGUCGACCGCAACGACAACGCGCCCACCAUCGGCUUCGUCUCGGUGCGCCAAGGGGCGCUGAGCGAGGCGGCUCCUCCCGGCACCGUUAUCGCCCUGGUGAGAGUGACGGAUCGUGACUCGGGCAAGAACGGGCAGCUGCAGUGCCGGGUGCAAGGGGAUGGCAGCGGCGGGGACGGGGCGGUGCCCUUCACCCUGGAGGAGAACUAUGACAACUUGUACACCGUGGUGACAGACCGGCCUCUGGACAGAGAAGUGCAGGACGAGUACAACGUCACCAUCCUGGCGAGAGACGGGGGCAGCCCUCCACUCAACUCCACCAAAUCCUUCUCUGUCAGGAUCCUGGACGAGAACGACAACCCUCCCCGCUUCAGUAAGAGCCUCUACGUGCUGCAGGUCCCCGAGAACAACAUCCCCGGGGAGUACCUGGGCUCUGUGCUGGCCAAGGACCCAGACCUGGGGCAGAACGGCACAGUGUCCUACUCCAUCCUGCCAGGGCACGUGGGUGACGUUUCCAUCUACACCUAUGUCUCCGUCAACCCCACCAAUGGCGCCAUCUAUGCCUUGCGUAGCUUCAACUACGAGCAGACCAAGCACUUUGAGUUCCAUGUGUUGGCCAAAGACUCUGGCUCCCCCCACCGAGAGAGCAACGCCACCGUCCGCGUCACUGUCCUCGAUGUCAAUGACAACGCUCCUCUCAUUGUCUUGCCAGCCCUCAUCAAUGACACCGCCGAGCUCCAGGUCCCGCGGAACGCUGGCGUUGGGUAUCCCGUGGGCACUGUCCGUGCCAUGGACAGCGAUUUUGGGGAAAGUGGGCGCCUCACCUAUGAGAUUGUGGAAGGCAAUGAGGAGCACCUCUUUGAGAUGGACCCAGCCAGUGGGGAGAUCCGCACACUGCACCCUUACUGGGAAGAGCUGAGCCCUGUGGCUGAGCUGGUGGUCAAGGUCAGUGACCACGGAAAGCCCAGCCUUUCCGCAGUGGCCAAGCUGAUUGUGCGGGCCUUGGCUGGACCUCUGCCUGAAGCAGGUGAGCCCCAGGUGAAUGGCGAGCAGCACAGGCGACCCCACUGGGACCUGUCCCUGCCUCUGAUCGUCACCCUGAGCACCGUUUCCAUCAUCCUCCUGGCUGCCAUGAUCACCAUUGCCGUGAAGUGCAAGCGGGAGAACAAGGAGAUCCGCACCUACAACUGCCGCAUUGCUGAGUACAGCCACCCCCAGCUGGGUGGAGGGGGUGGUGGCGGAGGUGGGGGAGGAGGCAGCGGCGGGAGCAAGGGCAAGAAGAAGAAGAUUAGCAAGAACGACAUUAUGCUCGUGCCCAGUGAAGGGGAGGACAGCCGGGGGCCCCUCAAUGUCAUGAACGUGGUCAGCAGCCCCUCCUUGGCCACGUCCCCCAUGUACUUUGACUACCAGACCCGGCUGCCCCUGAGCUCGCCCAGGUCAGAGGUGAUGUACCUGAAACCUGCCUCCAACAACCUGACUGUGCCGCAGGGCCAUGUGGGGUGCCACACCAGCUUCACAGGGCAAGGGACUAACGUCAGUGAGGCUCCCCCGAGCCGGAUGUCCAUAAUUCAGACAGACAAUUUUCCCGCAGAGCCCAAUUACAUGGGCAGCAGGCAGCAGUUUGUUCAAAGUAGCUCCACAUUCAAGGACCCUGAGAGAGCCAGCUUGAGAGACAGUGGCCAUGGGGACAGUGACCAAGCAGACAGUGACCAGGAUACCAACAAAGGCUCCUGUUGUGACAUGUCGGUUAGAGAGGCCCUCAAGAUGAAAGCGACUUCGACUAAAAGCCAGCCGCUUGAACCAGCAUUCCCGACUUUGCUUUCCUUUGCUUUCCUCACCCUCCACACCAUCACACGUAGACUUCAGUCUCUUGAUCUGCUUCUGUCAGAACAGCAAGGGAGAGGCCAAAGACCCAUUGUUGGGCUCUGUGGACCGGCCCGCUGUAAGGAAGGAAAAUUAUCAGAACAAGAGGAGUGUGUUAAUUGCACAGAUGAAUGCCGAGUGCUUGGUCAUUCUGACAGAUGUUGGAUGCCCCAGUUCCCUGCUGCCAACCAGGCUGAAAAUGCAGAUUAUCGAACAAAUCUCUUUGUCCCCACAGUGGAAGCUAAUGUUGAGACUGAGACUUACGAAACUGUGAACCCCACGGGGAAAAAGACUUUUUGUACAUUUGGGAAAGACAAGAGAGAGCACACUAUUCUCAUUGCCAAUGUGAAACCUUAUCUCAAAGCCAAACGUGCCCUGAGCCCUCUCCUCCAAGAGGUUCCCUCAGCAUCAAGCAGCCCAACCAAGACCUGUAUUGAGCCUUGCACCUCAACAAAAGGACCGCUGGAUAGUUGCGAAGUCAAAACAGGAGCCUUGGCUGACCCCAGCAGCCAGUACAUGACAGCCAGUGACAGCCAGUACCUAUCUCCUAGUAAACAGUCCAGAGACGCUGCCUUCAUUGCGUCCGAUCAGAUGGCCAGGGUCUUUGCUGAGGUGCAUUCCCGGGUGAGCCGAGACUCCGCUGAGAUGGACUCUGUGUUGGAGCAGAUAGACCGUUCAAACAGGGAACUAGGGAGAGAGUCAGUGGAUGCAGAGGAAGUAGUGCGGGAGAUUGACAAGCUUUUGCAGGACUGUCGGGGAAAUGACCCUGUAGCUGUGAGGAAAUGAAACAAAAACCACAAAAGACAGCCUGGCAUUUGUUUGCUUCUUCUGCUGAAUUAAAAAUAGAAAAAUCUCCCCUGGUUCUAAAAUUUAUACAGGGAUGAACGAAGACCAAUGCUGCUUUAAGGCUUUUAGUGAACAUCUGAAGUGCCCACAAGUAUGUUCUUUUCACUGCUCUAUCUUUUUCCACAGAUAACACUGGUUUCGUUUUUACCAAACUUUCAUUAGAACGGCGUGAUGUAUGUUAACGAGAAGGAAGGAGGAGGGAGAAAAAGGAUGCCACUUUGACAAUCUAAUAGAAAGAUAUAAAGGGAAAAUAGGCAAAUGGAACCUGAUAUUUUAGGACUGAUAGUUGUUCACUGUUUAUGUGUAGACUCCAUAAAAAGCAGGGUGGAAUAGUUCUCUGAUAGAUUUCCAGCAGUCAUUAUAGGCUUCUACUGAAAAUCCCAAAAUCAGAAACCAAGAAACAAAAAGUCUUGUAGUCAACCAGGCCCCACCAAGAAUUAACACUCAUUUGUGACAACCAUUUCUGUAUAAAGUUAUCUGCCACCAAAAAAAGGGGGGUGGAGAGAAAGAAAUCCAAGAAUCCAUUCCAUAACAUUGUUCAGCAAAAAUAUUCUGGUCAUUAGUAACACAGCUCAUGUCAUAUUAAAGUUAAAUGUGAAAUGAUAGAGUCCUUGUUUGUCCUGCACCUGCAUAAACUAACUCACGUGGAAAGGAGAGGGGGGGAAAUGCUUUAGUGUCCAGCAAAAUUUCUAGGCUAGCAGUAUGUUUUAAACCUGAGGCAUAAUAUGAGAUCACAAAUAAUAAUUACCUUUUGAUAGGUAAUAAUAGAGGAGACAAAUUAACAUUAUUAACACCUUUUGUAAUUCAUUUGUGGACACUAAAAUAGCUCAAGUGAGUGCAAACAUUUCAGACAUCAACACAAAUCCACACAAAACCAUUUAAAUGUGCAAAUGUAAGAAGAUUCAAUGUGUUUACAUCAAAUGACAUAUUUUUAUUGAUUUAUUGCAGAUUCAGUGCAUUUGAGCCAAAUUGUUGAGUGUAUAAGAGCUAUAUUGUGUAUUUUAUUAAAUUAAUAUAUAGUUGUGUUGCAAAAAAAAAUAUAUUUGGGCUUAUGAUGUAAAUGGCAAGUGUUGCCUCAGUAGCUGUCAAACUCUAUGAGUUUUGUUCUCUCCUUUUCUUUCUUUCUUUCUUUCCCCCUGUGGAGUGUCAGAAGCAGAGCCUCAGAGCAGUCUCUUGUUUAAUGUAUGGUCUACCAAGUACCACAGUACAUAAUCUGUUCAAAAUGUGUCUUGAGUGAGUUGAUGGAGCUAACUGAACGGCUGACAAAUACAUCCAUCAGUCAUGGUUAUGUGCAAGUCCUUGUAGAAGCUUCUGUCGCAACCCAUGUUUAAUAACAAAAAUUACACUUGAACCAACACCUGGAACCUUGUUCUUUACUGAGCUUCGUCACUCACUCACAUGAACACAGGCCGUCUGUUUAGAUAUCACAGUCAUGGUUGAAUUCUCAAAUUACCCUAAUAUUUCAAAGUUUCAUACUAGACUUCGGUUCAUGGAGCAUGAAAAUGCUUUGGUGCCCAUGUGGUACAAACAAUCUUUUGUCUGGUUUCCUGGAAAUUGCUGUUACAUUGACUGAGGUUUCAGCUUGAGCUCACAGCCCUCCUCUCUCUCCUAUCAUCCUCUAUUAUUAGAAUUUUUGGUAAUUUUAUUCGCUCUCUGUCCAUUGCACACACUUUUCUAUGUGCUGUUCCGCAUUUGAUUCUUACGAAAGCUACGUUUUAAAAUUAAUGUUUUCUUUGAAUUAAAUUUGUAAGUACAACUGAGCACCAUAAAACAUUCAUAUAUCUCCUUACUUCCCCAUAUCUGUGUUUUGGGUAAACUGUGCAACAUAGCAGCAAUAUUAAAUAUGAACCCAUCA